GUGGCAAAGAAACACUUUCUUCCUUAUAUAAAUACAAACACAUUUUAAUAUAAGUCUAAUAUUCAUCUUGGAUUUUUAUCUUAUUCUUAUUAUCUGAUCUGUAUUAUAUUUCUUGUGUUGUGUUUAAAGCUACUUUGAGGCAAUGUAUAUUGUUAAACAUUGUGUACGACUCGAGGAAACGUCAUCGGCUUCGCGCAUGCGCACUAAAGGGAAAUUCUCUAGGAACGGUGUAAAAACAACAGGGACUGUAAUGGACAUUGAUCCUGUUUCCUUGGCAUGUAUUCGAAGUGAAAGUACAGGCGAGUGAAGGAAAGUAUGCAAAGAAGAGUGAGAGAGAAACUGAAACAUGGAUGAAGGGCUCGAUUUGCACGGGCUGUUUGAACACAACAGCACCUUCGACUACAGCGACUAUGAAUACAAAGAUGAAUGCAACGUUAGGAGAUCCGUUCUGGCUAUAUUCGUCCCCAUUCUGUACUCUGUGGCACUGAUACUUGGACUGAUUGGUAAUGUGCUGGUGCUGGUUGUGCUGUGGCAGAAGAGGCAUAACUGGAGCAUAACAGAUGUUUUUGUGCUUCACCUGAGUGUGGCUGACGUGCUGCUGCUCCUCACCAUGCCAUUGUUGGCAGUGGAUGCUGUGACAGGGUGGAGCUUCGACUCUGGACUCUGCAAGCUGACAGGAGUUCUAUUUAAGAUUAACUUCUACUGCAGUAUCUUCCUGCUGGUCUGCAUCAGCUUGAAUCUGUACAUUUCUAUAGUUCACACAACACAAAUGUGCUCACACACAAGACUCUGCGUGGUGCAGCUCAUCUGCCUGGCUGUUUGGAUCUUUUGUCUUCUUCUCACCAUUCCAGAUUGGAUGUACCUGUACUCAGCAAGUGACUCUGAACAAGAGGAUAAUACCAAGUGUUUGUAUAAGUACUCAUCUAAAGAAUCAUGUUUGGCUUCUCGUUUGCUGUUCCAUGUGUUAGGUUUUUUACUUCCUGUCAUAGUGCUGCUCUACGUUUUCAUCCGUGUCUUGCCACAUUGCAGACCAGAAAUGGGUAUACCGAAGCAGAGAGCCGUGCAAGUCACUUUUGUUCUAGUGUUAGUCUUUUUCAUCACAUGGACACCUUACAACAUUGCUCUGCUAGUGGACACUUUCCGUCCUUCAUCCAGAAAACCCACGGAACGUUGUGAAAAUCAAACGUGGACUGCAGUGAAAAGCACAGCUGUUUUAGGUUUACUUCACUCCUGCUUGAACCCUAUGAUCUAUUUAGGCUUUUCAGAAAAAUUCAGACACUGGACUUUAACUACCAUGAAAUGUGGUAACUGUGCAGUGGACAGUGGGAAUUAUUUCCUAUGGGAUUCAAGAGAUAUUUACAGUGCUAUGUCUGUCCCACAGGAGGAAAAUGGAGAACUACAACCAGUGAAUAAUAAUAUACAGCAACAGAAUGAUCAAAUGCUUUGAUUUUUUUCCCAGGAUGGAUGAGGGGACCUUGUUGAGUAAGUCUUCAGUAGCCGAAUACAUGAUCCUGGGGUCUCAUUUAGCAUAAUGUAGCAAAGCAUUGUUCUAGGUUUGUGUGUAAUAACCUCUAGUACAUGCUCAUACACACAGCUAAAAGGACAUAUAUACACACACUCACAUAAACUCCUAAAUGACCAUAUAGGGUUAAAAAUUUAAAGACACUUUACAACUCAUGUAAUUUAAUCAGCAUUUUUAGUAUAUGAUACUGAUGGGAAACACAUUAUGGAUUUUUUUGCACAAGAUAAGGUUUUACAUAAAUGGUCACAUACUUUAUUUAUCGCCUCAUUGGUUGUUGAUGCAGCAAAAAUACAAAUAAGAAGGUUAAGGCAUGGUUUAAGAAAGUACAAUGACAUAGAGUUAACUAUUUCAAAUGUGAAGUAAAGCUAAAAUAAGAAAAGCAUCAAGAAAGGCAUCAUCUUAAUCCAUAUUUACAUUAUACAUUUCCUGGGUGUGACUUGUUAAUUCCCAUUUUUGAAGUAUUGUUGAGGGGUGUGUGUGUUUGUUAUACAUUAACAAGGUUAGAAUAAUGUAAUUUGAAAUUUAUAUUUAAAAUUGAAAUCCUUAUAAGGAGCAUUACUGUCUUUACUAUAUGCUUAUAUACAAUAAUAUAUCACUUACAGGGUUAUAUGGGUCAAAUGUAACCUGUUCUGUAUGUUUUAUUUUAAUAUAGUGUAAACUAUGUAGCUAUUUCUAGGAUUAUGUUUUGUCUAUUGGUCUGUCACACGGUAAUGAGUUCAUGCUCUUACAUUUACUUGCAAGAACCACUGAAUAAUAAUGAUUUUACUCUCUGACAUCAUGAUUUUUUUUCCUAGAAGCUCUGCUUGUGAGCCAGGCAUGUGCUUUCCCAUUUACAGUCAGUGGGUUUUUCAGUAUUGCGUAACGCAUGUCAGUUGUUCUGGAAAAAGGGCUUUUUUUUGGGAUUUCAUUUGGUAUGGUGUUAUGUAACAUGUGAAAGCUAUUUUUAAUGGAGUGCCCUUAAACACAGAAAGAGUUUUUGUACUUCCUGUGGGCUAUAUGUCCACAUGAAGAUGUUUAAAAGAGGAAAGAGAUGCAGUUCAUUAAGAAGAAAUAAAUGUGAAGACAUGAUGACGCUUUACAAAUCAUCCUGCUUGUAGAAACAGAAAAAAACAGCAGCUUGCAGAAAUAUUGUGUGUCAUUUAAUCAGCAUUUUUAGUAUGAUACUGAUGGGAAAUGCAUUAUGGAUUUUUUGCACAAGAUAAGGUUUUACAUAAGUGGUCACAUACUGUAUUUAUCCACUCAAUAGUUAAGGCAUGGUUUAAGAAAGGUACAAUGACAGAGUUAACUAUUUCGAAUGUGAAGUAAAGCUAAAAUAGUUUAUUCGCAGCAAAUUGUCCUGCACUUUUCUCCUGCACUAUAGCACAAUACUUCCUUCUAAAAAGUUGUGUGUGCGCGAUCUUUAAGGAAGGCAUCAUCCUAAUCCAUAUUUACAUCCAUUUUAUACAAUUUUAUUUUGCAUGUUGUCUGUCACUUGUGUGCAUCCUGCGAGCACCGGAAUCAAUAAUUACUCCGUCCGUUAUUCUGAUACAAUUGGGACUAAUCAUAACCAGUUAACCUGUGGCUCCACUUUUCUAACUCAAUGGUUUCCUGCGUAUGUGCUUGCUCGGGAGUGUGCAUAAAUCACUGCAUAUCCUCAUGUACAAGAAAGUCUUGAUAAAUCAUAUUCAGUACAUAGAAAUGUGUGCACAGUGUAUGCACAAAUCUAUGCUUAUACACAGUUGAUAAAUGAGUCUCCAUGUGCGGAUAUGUGUCACAAAUAAUAACCUUUGUGUAUGUUCAAGUUUAGAAUUAAAUUCUAACCUUUUAGGAUGUGCUGUAGCAUAGUGCUCUGCAGUAUCCCAGCAUUUUCUGUAAACCUUUCGCUUUUUCUUUGAAAAAACUGUGGUGAAAACUAAAGUGAUUUUAAAAGCACAUGGUUGCCUUUUUAAUUUCUGAUUUUAGUUUCUUAUUUUCUACAUUUUUUAUAUAUAUAUUUUUGUAAAGAUGUACUAAUAAUAAUAACGAAAUAUAUAUAUAUAUAUAUAUAUAUAUAUAUAUAUAUAUAUAUAUAUAUAUAUAUAUAUAUAUAUAUAAAAUUUUUAUUUUUUUAAAGUCCAACUAAAAGGUUUAUAAUAUGCAUAACAUUGUCAUAUGUCCUAUAAUUUUUUUAUUUUUUUUAUUUUUUUAUUUAUUUUCUUUUUCUGUUUGUUAGAAGAAGUGUGAAAGCUGUUUUUCAUUUCCUGGGUGUGACUUGUUAAUUCCCAUUUUUGAAGUAUUGUUGAGGGGUGUGUGUGUUUGUUAUACAUUAACAAGGUUAGAAUAAUGUAAUUUGAAAUUUAUAUUUAAAAUUGAAAUCCUUAUAAGGAGCAUUAUUGUCAUUACUAUAUGCUGAUAUACAAUAAUAUAUCACUUACAGGGUUAUAUGGGUCAAAUGUAACCUGUUCUGUAUGUUUUAUUUUAAUAUAGUGUAAACUAUGUAUGAUUUUGUUUUGUCUGUUGGUCUGUCACAUGGUAAUGAGUUCAUGCUCUUACAUUUGCUUGCAAGAACCGCUGAAUAAUAAUGAUUUUACUCUCUGACAUCAUGAUUUUUUUUUCUAGAUGCUCUGCUUGUGAGCCAGUCAUGUGCUUUCCCCUUUACAGUCAGUGGGUUUUUCAGUAUUGCGUAACGCAUGUCAGUUGUUCUGGAAAAAGGGCUUUUUGGGGAUUUUCUUUGGUAUGGUGUUAUGUAACAUGUGAAAGCUAUUUUUAAUGGAGUGCCUUUAAACACAGAAAGAGUUUUUGUCCUUCCUGUGGGCUAUAUGUCCACAUGAGGAUGUUUAAAAGAGGAAAGAGAUGCAGUUCAUUAAGAAUAAAUAAAUGUGAAGACAU